UUGAAAGAUUAAGUUCAAACUGGUGCAGCACCAUCCAAGUGUUACCUAAUUCGUUGUCGUAAAGACUAUAACGUAGGAAUAUUGUUAUGAUUGAUAUAUUUGACUACGCGAUUCCACUAGUCAGACUUAUACAGUUGGUGCGACCGCGCGUGCGAUAUACUCAUGGCGCCGCGCGGGCGGGGCUGCGUCGCGGCCGACAGUCGGCUCGUGAUCAAUAUGUACCAGUACUAUAAAAUAAGGAAUGUUAAUUUAAUACUUUCGGGGUCGUCACACGACUUGAAACUUGAAAUUUUCUACAAGAAUUAGUUUAGUUUGUCACGAAUUCGUAUGCUAAAGCUCGAGGACAAUCUCGAGCUCCAGUAUACAUAGUUGGGAGACAAUAAUGUAUCUCAAUUCACAGAAACGCUAUGAGUAAACUGUCGGCCCCAACAGAGCCCUGUAAAAGUUAAGCGCGAUAUAAAAUUCUUACAAAAUUCCCACUCACUUACAAUAACUCCUUAGCCCGACACAUUCCACGAUUUUCCCUGAUCAUGACUUACAUUAUAUCUUACUUAGCCAAACAUCACAACAUAUGCAUCAGUGUAUAUUUAGUUACAGGUCACAUGGCCUGAAGCGUCCCCUCAAUAUAUCCGCGAGGAGCGCAGACAUGCGACGCGACACAAUCGAUUAUAAUAUGCGUAAAACACAGUUUAACUAUAACUCAUUAUAAAAUUACACUAUAGAACUUACCUAAAUAAUAUGAUAUAAAUUGUUAUUAAACACUAAUAGAGAUAAAGAAGCCAAUUUUUGGUUUUGUUAUUGUAGUAAUAAGUUACAAAGUAACGUUGCUUCAACGCCGAGUUACAUGUCGUCGCAGUACAAAACAUUCGUCACGAACAGAUUCCUCGGGGCUACGUUGUACUAUUGAGUGAUGUGGCUCGUGGCGGAAUCUGUGUGACUCGAUUAAUCGACUACUUUCGUGCGAAACCCUCGCUAACGGUGGUCGGUUCCGAUGGAGUGCGGAGCCUGGAUACAAAAUUUCGUACAAAAUUGACAAUGCAUAUACGGAAGCUCUGAACUAGUUUUAACGAGUAAAUAGUGGACACGGGCGUACAAAAACGUAUUACGGGAAGGGUGCGGGAGCGGCUCAGCAGGGCUGCGUGGCCUUGGGCAGGGGCCGCACGAGGUAGAGCUUCUCGCCCGCCUUGUUCGUGUAGAUGGGCGCGCGCUGGUAGUGCGCCACCAGCUGCUCCAGCGUCGGGAACUUGCGCUGCCCGAUGCAGUACAGCGCGCCCUCCACGUGCACGCGGAAGUGCUUGUUGCGACCCGGCGCCUUCAGCGACACCGAGUAGUCGCCCACGUUGGUCUCGGAGUCCCGUAUGAGGAAGUCUCCGUCGUGUCCGUGCGUGUUGAGUAGCGCGUCGCAGUGCGUGCGCGUGAUGGCGCCGUAGUACCAGGCGCGCCCCGCCGCCGCGCCCGGCCCCGGCCGCCCGCCUGACCCACCGGACCCGCCAGACCCGCCCUCGCUGUAGGGCGUGGUGAGGUAGUCCGCGAGUUCCUGCAGGUAGUUGCGCGGCACGAGGCCGACAUGGCCGCGGGAGUCGCGCGCGCGGUACCACUCGGGGUCGGAGGGGGGGCGCUCGAUGAUCUCCAGCCUGUCUCCUUUCUCGAACGACAACUCUUGCUCGUUGUUCGACGUGAACGAGUACAGCGCCACCUGCGGGGACGGCACUAUGUCGAGCACAUUCUCCGCCAUGGCGUACGUAUGCACGGGGUCCUCAUUGUCGCCCUCUUCGCUAGUGUAGUUCGAUGGAAACCAUCCAGUAUGCGCUUGGUACUGUCCCCGCCACCAGCCGUCGUUGCUCUUUUCGAGAAUGAGGAUACGCGUGCCCUUGGUAAGGGAGAGCUCGUCCGGCUGCUGCGCCUGGUAGUUGUACUUGACGACCGCAGUACCCAGCGCGUCCGCCGGCUCCACGCGCCUGCCCCCGGCAUCGCCGCCGCCGCGCACCGGAGAACUGUUCGAGGGCAAUGUCUUCGAGCCCGAGCCCUUCUUCACCUUCUUCUUAAUACUGUCAAAGAGUGAAGGUUUUUCCUUCUUGACGUAGUUGCUGGGCACGUAUCCUGACUGACUGCGUGCGUUCUGCACUCGCCACCAGUGCUUGGAGUCGUCCAGCAGUAGAUACCGCUCAUUCUUACGCAGGUCCAGCUCCUGAGCGCCCUGGGCUGCAUAGUCGUACUUGGCGACCACGUAGCAAACAUCGUCCUGUGCGUUUUUCCCGUGCCUCGUGUUGGCCAUGGCGUGCGGCGCCGGCAGCGGCUUGUUCGCCCACACCGAGUCUGCGGCGCGCGCCGACCGCGUCUCCAGCAUGACACCCCCAGCUACAGAUCCGGUCGGUCACCGCAGCCGCCUUCACUGAUACAUUGCGACCAGCACCGAGAUCACUGCACUGCACCACAUUCACUGCACUUCCGCAAAACGAGACCAAACCGAUCGAUUCACGAUGCAGUACCACCACAAAACCUAAUGAUUGUUUAUUGUAGGACGUGCGAAAAUUGUCCGAAAGCCAAAGAGACACCAAAGGAGCUUCGCACUAUUCAAUUGCUUAUGUCUUCCAAAUAUUCAUUAUUCAAUCAAAACAAUAUACAAAGAAGUAUUCUUUAUAAAAUAUUGUAUUUCUGGUAGGAUUUUCACUCAGUUUGUCUUAAAUUAACGAUUAAUUUAGUGAAAAGUCUCACUUGUCGGUGGGGCAAACGACGAAUCAAUAGACAAACUUAUUUUUUU